UGUUACCACACAAAUACUUCUCUGGUCAUCUGCAGCCAUGGUCCAAAGACUGAGAGGAGAAGAAGGGCAGGAGUUUGAUUUACGGAAUGCUCGCCUGAUGUACGAUGAUGAUCCUGAUCUGGCUAUACGAGAAAUUAAGGGACGUGUGAUUCAGUCGAAACUUCACCCAGUCCUGUCCAGGAGUACCAAGACAAGUCGCCUGCAGACCACGCUACCUGACACACCCUCCCACAUUACCAAGUCGGUGGACGGUAGAUAUCUCGCCCAUCGGGAACAUACCUUCAAUGAUUUCAAAACGGCCGCAGAUUUGUCUGCCGCGGGGGAUACUUCCCAGACUCCAGUUGCCAACAAUGUGUCAUUCGUAGGAAUGGGUUCUUCAAGUCUGACACAGUUUGGACUCUGUAACACUUCCAGCACGCCAAAUACCAGUGUGAUCAGUAGAAGUGGAAAGACAAAAAAGACGUCAAAACUCGCCAGGCUGUUCUGCGACGUGCGCCAUUUCUUCCGCCCAAACCGUCGCCAUGAACGUGAAGGGUGGAUGAGCCUGUAGACAUUCACUGCCGUGCUCUCAUCUAUAGUACUAUAAAUUUGUGCUAUUUUUGGACUUUACACCAGUGCGAGUUAGGAAAUUGAAAAAGUGCCAUUAUUGAUCUAUACAAAAUGUUCGUACUACAUUGUGUGGGUGAUCUUCCUGCAUAUUGUAUUAUACAAUUGUUUUAAAUUGUAUUGUUAUUCUGACAUCUA